UUUACACCUAUUCUUAGUUGAAUAUACUUCUAUUUUUGGUGUUCUGCUUCUGCUUUUUCAUGGGUUUUGUUAUUUCUGAGUUGAGAUUAAGGUAAAGAAAGGGAAAUGGAUUCUCGGAUGUUGGGGUUUUCAUGUUCUGCCUCUUCUGGUUCAUGGGUGUUGAUAGUUUUGAUGUUGGGAUUUAUGAUAGUUCGAUUUUCUCAGUUUUGUGUUAAUCUUGGAUGAAUAGCUGGUUUAGAAUCUUGGUUUGCUCAGCCACUAGAUUUUAUUUUUCUCUUUUUUUUUUUGGGUCCGGCGGGUGGUGGGGCUAAUAAAGUAAUUGAAGUUCUGUAAGUUUCAUUUUCAUCUGAUUCAAAGAGUAAAAGAAUUGGAUUCAGCUGAAUUGAAUUAAAUGUUAUAUUCUUACUUAUUGAUUAUGUUAUUACUAGAGCUUGUAUGUAAUUUUGGGUGAUGGCAUUCUAGUUUCCUGUUGGCUGUUGGGCCUUUAAUUGCUGAGGAAGAGGAGAAGAGAGGGUAAAGGUAGCCAACUUAUUGUAUUUCUAUCAUUUGAGAGGGCAGGUUUUUCCUUUUCUUGAUUACUGAGCAAGGAAAUCUAAUUUUAAUUUACUUUUCCUAUUCCAACAUCUUUUUCAGCGAACAAAAGGUGCUUAAAAUUUAUAGAAUUUAUCUUCUUUGUAUUUUUCUCUGACAUGGACAGUUGAAAGAGCAAAGAAAUUUCCUUUUUCCCCGCUGUAACCACUUUAUUUCAUCCUUGGCCAGAGAUUUGCUAGGAAGUUGAAUGAUCUUGUAUCCACUUAGGGUUCUUGUUGAUUUUAGUUUUCAAAUUAUUAUAUAGAAUCUAUUAUUACUCUUAACUCUGAAUAUUCCUUCAUAAUUUUGCUUCAAAAUCAUGUUUAGGCAGAGAGAAGAAGAAGAAAAUAAUAAAAACAAGGAAUUUUAGAAUUGAAUGGUUCAAAAUGUUCUUUAAUUUAAUAUUUUAUUGGCAGUUUUGGCAGUUUCUGAGUAAUACUUGAAUUAUUUAACUGCUUGUAUGAUGUCGUUUUGCUUCCCACUCUUUGACCUGGUGGGGCAAAUAAACCAUUUUCAAUUGCCUUAACAGUAAAAUAAAACUACUAGUUUCCUCUUUCCCUUGGAGGGAAGAAAAGCAGCUUCUGUGGUGGCUUGAGCUGUUUUUGAGUGUUUGAUUGCACGCCUUUUAGGUGUGGAACUUCAUCAAAGAAGUAAAGAAAAUAAAGGAAACAUCAUAAAGCAGUACAUCAUUUCUCUUUCUUUGAUAUAUGGCUUUUGCAUUUUUCACCCUAUUUGCAUUGAGAUGUCUCUCUCAUCUGUAUCACAAGAUAAUUGUUUGAUAACUUUUCAAAGUCAUUCCUUUAUUUUUAACUUCACAUUAUCUGCUGUGCCCCACAUGUUGGAUACCUAACAUUUACUUCUUUCAAGCUUAACACUGAUCCCUUAUCCCGGUCUGGUGGCCUGGCCCAGACCCGCCAAGUUGAAAUAAUACUAUGAGACAACUAGUUUAUUGUCAUCUUUUGGAGGGAGACCGAGAGAGGGCGGGAGGGGUGAGGAGUUGUAAGAAGGAUGCAUGCUAAUUUUGUAAACCAUUGAGAAUUGCCUACAAAAUUUUACUGCACUGCCUUAGUUGGCCCAGGACGUACACUGAUAUGUGUUUUGUGAUGCUCGUAAUUUAUGCUAGAUGCUGCUGUAGAAAUAUAAUAAUCUGAUUAAAAGUAUGUGGUGGGUUGAAGAGUAAGUAAGCCUAUACUGCUUUGUUUCUAGAUUAUAAUAUGAGAAAUAGUUUUCUCCAAAUUAUGCUCACUCGAGCAGCCAUUCACCAAUUUAUAUGCAAACUAUUGGAGAUUCAUAAAAAACUAACUGCUCAAUCUGAGAUCCUAUCCACUAAUCCAGUGUGUUAAAUGUUGCAAACCUGCUCAAUAUGCCUGACCAAGAUGAAACAAGGAGGUGGCCAUGCUAUUUUUACUGCAGAGUGCUCACAUUCCUUCCAUUUCCACUGCAUCACUUCAAAUGUGAAACAUGGAAACCAAAUUUGUCCAGUUUGCCGAGCAAAAUGGAAGGAAAUCCCCUUGCAGGCUCCCAGUUUGGACCCUGUUCCUGGCAGAGCACCCAUCAAUGCAGUAGGUUGGCCUCAUAAUGAUGCUUUGAUGACUGUAGUCCGCAGGUUGCCUCCUCCUCGUCGAGAUAUGAAUCGAAGGCACAUUGUCCCAUUACUUCAGGCCCCUGAGCCAAGUGUAUAUGAUGAUGAUGAAUCAUUAGAUCUCCAACCUGUGUUCGCUGAUAGAAAUUCUACUGAUAAUAAAAAUGCUGCAGAUCACAAUUUUGCUAGAACUAUAGAAAUCAAGACGUACCCAGAAGUUUCAGCUGCAUCCAAAUCCAAGUCGUAUGAUAACUUCACUGUCUUGGUCAAUCUCAAAGCUGCUGCUACAAUUGUAAGACAAGAUCCAAUAAGAAACCCUGCUAACUUGCCUCAACUAUCGCAAACACCUCGUGCCCCAGUUGACCUAGUCACAGUGCUUGACAUCAGUGGUAGCAUGGCAGGUACGAAGUUAGCAUUGCUAAAACGAGCCAUGGGUUUCGUAAUACAGAACCUUGGCUCCAAUGACAGGCUCUCAGUUGUUGCCUUUUCUUCCACUGCCCGCCGCCUCUUCCCUCUCCGUAAAAUGUCUGAUACAGGCAGGCAGCAGGCACUUCAAGCUGUGAAUUCUUUGGUUGCAAAUGGUGGAACUAACAUUGCUGAAGGCCUGAGAAAGGGAGCAAAGGUAAUGGAAGACCGAAAGGAAAAGAAUCCUGUAGCAAGUAUAAUACUGCUAUCAGAUGGGCAGGAUACUUAUACUGUCAGUGGUGCUGGUGGUAACCAACAUCAGCGAAAUUACCAGUUGCUCCUCCCUUUGUCUAUUCAUGGUGGUGACACUGCAGGCUUCCAGAUUCCAGUGCAUGCUUUUGGCUUUGGUGCAGACCAUGAUGCUUCAUCAAUGCAUUCAAUUUCAGAAAUUUCUGGGGGCACCUUUUCUUUCAUUGAGACUGAAGCUGUAAUCCAGGAUGCAUUUGCACAAUGCAUUGGAGGACUUCUAAGUGUCGUAGUGCAGGAACUGCAGGUGGGAGUGGAAUGUGUGCACCCAAGUAUUCACCUUGGAUCACUGAAAGCAGGAAGUUACCCAAGUCGGGUGAUGGCUGAUGCACGCACAGGGUUUAUUGAUGUCGGAGAUUUGUAUGCUGAUGAAGAGAGGGAUUUCCUGGUUUCAGUCAAUGUUCCAGCUGUCUCUCCUGGAAAUCAAACAUCACUCAUAAAGGUGAGAUGUGUUUUCAAAGAUCCUUUAACUAAAGAAAUGACAACAUUAGAAACUGAAGAAGUUAUGCUUGAGAGACCUGAAAUGUGUGAGGAAGCAGCAGUGUCAAUUGAAGUCGAUAGGCAACGCAACAGACUUCAAGCAGCUGAGGCAAUGUCACAGGCAAGAACUGCAGCUGAGCAGGGAGAUCUGCCUGGUGCAGUUUCUAUCCUAGAAAAUUGCAGAAGGGUGUUGUCAGAAACUAUAUCAGCUAAAUCCCAUGAUCGAUUAUGCAUUGCAUUAGAUGCAGAGCUUAAGGAGAUGCAAGAGAGGAUGGCAAGUAGGCAUGUUUAUGAGGCAUCUGGUAGAGCUUAUAUUCUUUCAGGACUGAGCUCACAUUCAUGGCAAAGAGCAACAGCAAGAGGAGACUCAACUGAUGGUUCAAGUCUUGUUCAGGCCUAUCAAACCCCAUCAAUGACUGAGAUGCUUACUCGAUCUCAGGCUAUGUUACUUGGUAGUCCAUCAGCUCAGAGGCUUGUCCAACCAUUAUGGUCAUUUGGAUCACAGCCAAAUCCAAGGUGACUUUGUAUGAUCUUGCUUCUUUGAGCACGCUUCCCUCUCUCUUCUUUCUUUUGUUUCAAAUGUUAUUUGGGGUAAAGAAGAGAGAUAAGAAGAAGGUAUUUUUAUAGUGAUUUUGGUUGUUUCACGUGUGUAAAUGAAUAAAAUUCGGGAAAAGGGGAAGGGAUAUAUUUGGAGGUAAAAAAAGAAACACUAGGUAGUAGAUUCAAGACUUUCCAUUUGUUUGUGUUGCUGGGGGUGAUGUACAUAAGGAGAAAUGGUAUUUCUCUGGGAGAAAUGGGUAUAAGUUUGUAAUUGUGGAAAUGGUUGGGAUCAAGUUUUUUCCUAAUAUAGUUUUACCUCUCUCAAUUCUUUUGCA